AUGUCUCGGAGCAAAAGAUCCCGGAAUGAGAGCCAGGCACAACAGCCACCAUCAGAGGAUACCAUGCAAAAUGAGAGAAAUCCUACACGGUCGGCAACUGUUUAUGAUGCCGUAGCAGGACGUGUUGGAAGCAAUGGGUUUAUCGAUGAGAGCACAAGGCCGAUCAGGACACGCAAUGGAUUUCCUUCAACUGAAUCUGCUUUUGAGCCCCUAGAAGUCCUCUUGCGUCGAGCAACGGCUCCAACAGAAGGCAGGGCAGAUGUCUACUUUGCCGAUGAAAAUCUAAGGCCCGAGCAGAAAUUGCCAGACUCCGAGCUUCUCAAGGCAAGCCAUUUAUAUGCAUCGGACUUUUACGGAAUCAACGCAGAAGGACGGGGUAAACGUGACUUUAAGAGUCUAGAUGAGACAGCUCUCAUUGCCCUGGGAAUACUUUUGGAAGAGGCCGCCGUUCAAGUACCAGGCAAAACUGGAGAUAUGGUUCUCGUGGAGCCAGAAGGGUUUGACAGCUUUAUACCUGAAAGCAGAGCAACACAGAUGCAGAUUAGCGGCCGAGUGCCCCGAGUCGAAACGCCGCCAUAUGUGAGUGAAGAAUCAAGCGACGAGUCUUAUGAUGAUGGAAUGCGCCAGAGAAAGAGAAUGCGAGCUCGAGAUAACGAAACGAUGUGA